CUCGCGACAGUCAACAGAGCGCAGCCGCAAACAACAACAGCAACAAACCACAAAGAAAGUGCGCCAAGCUCGACGCCCUGAGGUUUGUCUCCUGUUUUUAAGCCGCAGUUUAAAGCCGAGCCACGACGUCCUCUGAAUGUGUUCCUGAUGUGCGGUCGGUGAGACGACGGCAUCAUGUCGGUGCCUCCGGAGCCGAGCCGGGGGAUGGCGGAGUGGCUGUCCACCCUCCGCCUGUCCCAGUACGCCCCGUACUUCCAGAGCGGAGGCUAUCGAGCUCUGGGAGACUGCAAGGAGCUCACCGACGACCGGCUCCUGGGGCUCAACGUGUUUCCGACGGGCCACCGUCGGCGCAUCCUGCGAAGCUUGGAAGCGCUGGGGGUGAAGCAGACGAGCGGCGGAGAGGAAGACGACGACGACGAAGAUGAAGAGGAGGGAGAGGUAACGAACGGGGUGCGCCGGAGGAGGCCCGUGCCGCACCCGAGACACGUCUUCCUGAAGGAUAAGAAGAGGGGCGCGUCAUGCCGGCCUCAGCCGGAGGAGAGGGGGGGCCGUCAGUCGGAGGGCAGUCGGACUCUGCCCCCGGGGGCCGGACUGGGAGCAGAACUCGAGGGCGGUCUCACGCCUCAACCGGCCCCGCGCGACCCCCAGAACAUCCAAAGGGCCCUCCCAGAACACACCAGCGUCUCCGGCUCCUCCUCCAGCAGCAGCGACUCCCCCUCCAUAUUUGAGAUUCCCUCGGAUGGGGAGAUCUCCUCAGAAGAUCCCUCGCUCACUGGCGGCAAAUGCGGUUUCCAAGGAGACAUGGUGGACAACUCCAUCUAUGAGGCGCAGCCCCACUUCAAGGUGGCCCUCGGCCCACGGGUCACCCGCUCCUACCGACUGAGGCACCGGCCCGUGCCCAAUAUCCCCGAUCUGACCGCGCCGCCGCUUCAGGACAGGAGCGCCGCGUCAGCGCAAACAACCGGCCCCGAACACCCAACCGGCUCCCAGGGUCCCACCGGUGCAAGCGGCAAACAGAAAGCUCCACUUCAAAGAACCGUGACGCCUAUCGCUCCCUACGGAGAGCUGUUCCUGUACAACAACCCCGAACGCACUCCGGACCACGGCGCUAAAGACGGGCGACCGAGGGGCUUUAAGGACCAGAUGAAACCGAAGAAACAGAGAAAGAAGAUACUGAAACGGAAGAAAUCCAAGGAACACGUUCCCCCCCCCGCUGCAACGCUCCCCGACCCCCACCAAGACGACUACUCAACGGUGGACGAGUGCGCCGGCGUUUUGCCGCGAGCCGGCUUGAACCCAAGUUUCCCGGCGAACCCCGAGGGUCUCGCCGUGGGCCCGGCGGCCUCUGGCCCCGAGGACGGAUCUCUGACGAUGGUGGAGUGUGACCUCUACUCGGAUCCCGCCGGCGCUCUGGGGGUCGCGGCACGGCCGGACAUCUCUCCGUACGCCUGCUUCUACGGAGCCCCCAAGCACCAGGUGCUCAAAGUGGGUUGGCUGGACAAGCUGUCGCCUCAAGGGAACUGCGUUUUUCAAAGGAGGUGGGUGAGAUUUGACGGAGAGAGUCUGGCCUACUACAACAAUGACAAGGAGAUGUACUCCAAAGGUAUGAUCCUGGCCAGUGCUGUCAGAAAGGUGCGGGGUCUCGGCGACAACAAGUUCGAGGUGGUCACCGCCCUCCGGACCUUCACAUUCAGAGCUGACAGAGAAGGGGAGCGCCAGGAGUGGAUGGAAACUCUUCAGACGGCCACGCGCCCCCCCGCCCGCGGCUCCCAGGAGCGCGCCGACAGCCUCUCCCGCCCCUCCUCCACAAACAAGCGGGGCUUGCUGGAGCUCCGCGGCUACAAAGGCAGAGUGCUGGUGUCCCUGGCGGGGAGUAAAGUCAGGCUCUGCAAAACAGAACAGGACUAUAAUGCGGGCCUGGCGAUUGUCGAAGUAGAACUGACGGCCGCCAACAUUAGAGACGGGGACCGCCGGGGCUUUGAAAUCAACACGCCCUUCAAGAACUUCUGCUUCACGGCCGAGUCGGAGCGGGAGAAGGAGGAGUGGAUUGAAGCGGUCCAGGAAUCGAUCGUGGAGACGCUCUGCGACUACGAAGUGGCAGAGAAGAUCUGGUUCAACGAGGCCAACAGGAGCUGCGCCGACUGCCGCGCCCCGCAGGCGGAGUGGGCCUCCGUCAAUCUGGGCGUGGUCGUCUGUAAGAAGUGUGCAGGGCAACAUCGCUCCCUCGGCCUGAGUAUUUCAAAAGUGCGGAGCCUGAAGUUGGACAGCAGCAUCUGGAGCAACGAGCUGGUGGAGCUCUUCCUGGAGGUGGGGAACAAGAAUGCAAACAGCUUCUGGGCUGCCAAUCUUCCCUUGGAGGAGGAAGUCCACAGCGGGGCUUCGGUGGAGCAGCGCGCCACGUUCAUCCGCAGGAAGUACAGGGAGAGGAAGUACCGGAGGGCGCUGGAGGGCUUCCAUGACCUGGAGGAGCUCAACCAGGCCCUGUGUGCAGCUGUGGUGCUGCCUGACGUGCUGCAGACCAUGCAGCUGGUGUUCAGCGGGGCAGAUGUGAUGUGCGCCACUGGGGAUCCGGCCUCCUCCACCCCGUACCUCCUGGCCCAACGCGCCGGACAGAAGCUACAGAUGGAGUUCCUGCACCAGAACAAACUCUCCGAUUUCCCCAGACUGGAGCAGUGGUCGGAGAGCCCCUCCCUGUCUGCCGUCUCCAUCUUCAUGGAUGGCUUCCUCUACAUCUCCACUGGACUGGACCGCCGCGGCAGAGACGACAUGGCCCAUCGCUGGUGUACAUUAGAGGGCGGCUUCCUGACGUACUAUGAGAGCGAGCGCAGCCCGUCGGCCAUCGGCAGGGUGGACGUGUCCGAGGUGGUCAGCCUGGCCGUCAGCAACACGGAGACCAUGACUGGAGCCGGGGCCGUGUUUACCGUCGAGUUGUACCUGCACACGGAGCGAGUGCUGAUCGUCGGGGCUGAAACACAGGAAACGCAGCACGACUGGAUCCAGGCGCUAACAAAGGGCUUCGUCCCGUCCAAAGUCGAGGGGCUGGUGCAGAGAGACGUGGAGCUGAUUGGCAGACUGCACUACAAAGAAGGCCACGACCUGUACCACUGGAGGGUGGGCUGGUUCAUGCUGGAAUGCUCCGCCCUGCACUUCAGCUCCGGGGAAGAGGAGGGGGACGAGGAGGUCCUUCACCUCAAACAGCUGCAGGAGCUCACUGUCUCCGUGCACACAGAGGGUGAGGACAAGAUCCAAGUCCUGCUGAUGGUGGAGGGAGGAAGAACGGUUUACAUCCACGGCUUCACCAAGAUGGACUUUGCACUGUGGCUCUCGGCCAUCACGCUGGCCGCCGGCACGGACGGCAACGCCCUCGGCGACCAACAGCUCACGAAAAACGGCGCCCCGAUCAUCGUCGACAGCUGCAUUGCUUUCGUCACCCAGUACGGUUUGUGCCAGGAGGGGGUCUACCAGAGGCCGGGGGACCCUGGUCGGGUGGCCCUGCUCCUGGAGGAGUUCACGCGGGACGCCCGUAACGUAAAGCUGAGGGAGAAGGAGCACCAGCUGGAGGAUGUGACCGACACCCUGAAGAGCUUCUUAUCCCAAGCUGAGGACGCACUGCUGACCAAGGAGCUGUAUCCAUACUGGGUGUCCGCUCUGGACGAGGCCGACGAGAGGCAGCGAGUCAAGAAGUACUCCACUUUCAUCGAGAGUUUGCCAAAGACAAACAGGUCGACCCUGGAUGCUGUGCUCCAACAUCUGUACAGGAUUCAGCGGUGUUCCAACCUCAAUCACAUGCCCAGCGUCAAACUGGCCUCCGUCUUCUCCUCCUGCCUGUUCCAGACUCGGGGACAAACCCCACAGGAAAUCAGCGUCGUCCGUGACCUCAUCAGCAACUACAUUACACUCUUCAGUGUCAAUGAAAGCCGCGUGCAACAGAUGGAGAGAGAGAACAGCUUCAUCACCCGCUGGAACGAAAAGAAGGACACCACGUUCUCUCCAGCCGGGGACCUGAUCUUCGAGGUGUACCUGGAAAAGAAAGAGCCAGAGAACUGCUGUCUAAUCAAGGUCUCUCCCAGCAUGCGCUCCACGGAGCUCGCCGACACGGCGCUGAGGAUGAGGAACGUCACCGUCGGGGCCGACGACUUCUGGACCACGUUUGAAGUCAUCGGGAAUGGAGAGUUGGAGCGUCCGCUGCACCGCAACGAGAAGGUUCUGGAGCAGGUGCUGGAGUGGAGCGCUCUGGACUGCCCCCGAUCGGCUUUUCUCGUCAUAAAGAAGUUCACUUGGGCCAAAACGCUGUCUGUCGAGAAAGACCAACGGCAGCUGGUGAGAGGAGAACUUCUGAAGUUCAGUGACGGAUCCUCCAAACUGCUGGGGCACAAAUUCCAGGAUAAAUAUGUCGUCCUGCACGGCGACAAGCUGCUGCUCUACAGAGAUAUCAAAGGCACUAAAGCGGAGAAGGUAAUCCAACUCACCUCUGUGAAGUGUUACCUCGGCCUGAAGAGAAAGCUCAAACCUCCAUCCAGCUGGGGCUUCACGGUCUACACUGAUAAACAACAAUGGCAUUUCUGCUGCGAGACGAGGGAGGCGCAGGUCAGCUGGGUGAGCGACAUCGUCAUGGUGACGUACGGUUCUGACUUCUGUUCACGGGCGGGGAACUCAAAAGAGGGUGCACAUCUCAAGUCCAUCAAAGGGGGCGCUGUGACCGAAGGCCAGAAGAUCAACCGCAACCGCGGCAGACAGCUGACAGACGAGAGGAUUCCCCUGGUCGACGUCAAACCGAGGUUCACCCGGGACGCCCCUCCCCCCCACAGGGCCCCCACCGCAGCCCCCUGCGCCAAUCAGAAGGACUUCCUCCAGGCCCCGGAAGCCCCGCACAGGGGAACAACCCCUGCGGACGCCGGGCAGCCCCGACGGCCUCCGUCCCGCUCCCCGUCCAGACGCUCGCAGCCCGCGGCUUUGCCCCUCCCCCCUCCGAGCGGCUCCAAGACCCUCGGCAGGAAGGCCGUGGAGGGCAUGCUGCCCCCGAAUCUGCUGGGCGAACUGAACUCGGUGCUGAGCAGGAGCAGGAGCAGGAGCAGCGUCAGGGGCGACGAGUGACGGGAAGUCAGGAGGAAGAGGCGGGCCAAAAGCAUUGCAGGGUUGAGUACAGACAAAGUAAGUAUCAUUCAUAAGGGGGGGGGGGAGGCUGCUUCUGAACUCUGCUAUAAGGGAAGCCGAUGCACAAAGGGGUGUGGAUAACAGGUGCAGGAGACAUCGGAGGCCAUGCAGACCCCUGCUGGACGUGGAGCACUACAAAGAGCGAUUUAUUUGACGCUCUCGCUACUAAAGUACGACCGGCGGUCAAACCCCAGAGGUUUCCAGAGACGCUCCAAAGUGCUCGCGUCAUGCAUUUACGUCUGCAGUUACUUUGAAAAUGUUGUCUCGACCACAUGCGGAAAAAACAUUGCGAUUAUUUGAAGUUCAUCUUUAUGUAAACUUUUUUUAAAUUUUUUUUUUUACAAGCACUUUUGCAGCAGAAGCUACGAAUAGCAUUCCCUAUGUUGAGGAUUCAAAGUGACGGGGUCGCCCAUUACCGCAUAGAAUUACAAUAAUAUGAUUAAAAAAUAUUAUGCAAGAGUAGGUUUAGUGCCAUUUAGCCAUUACUGGUGGCUAAUAGGCAGGGUACGCAAUAUUAGCUGUGAGUGGUGGGCAAUCGCACAAGUAUUAUUUAUUUGUAAUUAUAUAUUUUUUGAACAGUUCCCCUCUGUAACCAUUAGUUGUAUUGCUACCUGUGUUUUUAAGCACCAAUUUAAACUGUGCACCGGCCGCCAGCAAAUGUUAUUUUAAUGCACAGUGUGAAUAUAUUCUCGUAAUAAACUUACUUUACUUGACGUUUUUGUGCAUGUUUCACCCUAAUGUUCAGUGUUUUUGUACAAUAACUAAAUAAUAAACAUGAACAUCGGACACAUGUUGCUAACAUCCCUCAGCGUUAGCUUGUUCUUGCAUGUAUAUUGUUUAAAAAAUU